UAACUGAAAACCUGGCAUCACUACUCUUAACAUGUGGAGUGACUGCGCGGGAGCAUGCGUGAUUAUGUAAACUUGAGCGUGGCCAUCUUACAUUUCUAAAACUGUGACUCACGUGAAUUUAGUGUAAAAUUUAUUUGCAAUAAUUGUAAAUAUUUUAAAAUUUCCUCAUCAUGGAUGCUAAUAAACUCACCGAAAUAUUACGUGCUACGAUUGAUCCUAAUCAAAGAGAAGCCGCUGAGAAACAGCUAGAGCAGGUACACAAAAUCAUUGGAUUUGCACCUUCUCUGCUACAAGUGGUCAUGAUGAAUUCAGUAGAGAUGCCGGUUAGACAAGCUGGAGUCAUCUAUUUAAAAAACAUGGUUGCUCAGUUUUGGCAGGAUAAGGAAGGAGAGCCUCUGCUUUUUACUAUUCAUGAGCAAGACAGAGCUAUGAUAAGAGAUUCAAUUGUAGAUGCCCUUGUUUAUGCAGCUGAUUUAAUUAGGGUUCAGUUGGCUGUGUGUGUUAGCAACAUUGUGAAACAUGAUUUCCCUGGAAAAUGGACUGGAAUUGUAGAUAAGAUCUCAGUCUAUUUACAAAUGAAUGAUAGUAAUGUCUGUAUGGGAGCAUUGCUGUGUUUAUAUCAACUAGUCAAGAAUUUUGAAUAUAAGGGUGCAGAGGAACGUACUCCUUUGAAUGAAGCUAUGAAUCUACUUCUUCCCAUGAUAUACCAGCGAUGCGUCCAGUUAUUAUCCGAUCACUCUGACAUAUCAGUCUUAUUGCAAAAGCAAAUUUUAAAAAUAUUUUUUGCUCUAGUUCAGUACUUUUUACCUCUUACAUUGAUUACCCGUGAAAUCUUUUCUCAAUGGAUGGAAAUUUUUCGCACUGUUGUUGGAAGGCCAGUUCCUGAAGUGAAGGAUACUACUUUAGAUGAAGAGGAAAUAGCAGACUUACCUUGGUGGAAAUGCAAAAAAUGGGCAUUGCAUAUACUAACUAGAGUUUUUGAAAGGUACGGUAGUCCAGAAAAUGUCUCAAAGGAAUAUCAAGAAUUUGCUGUAUAUUAUUUGAAAACUUAUACUGGAGGUAUUCUGGAAGUGUUGCUGAAAGUUCUUGACCAGUUUCGACAAAAGGUCUUUGUUUCGCCACGUGUCCUGCAAUUAACCCUAAAUUAUAUCAAUGAAGCGGUUUCACAUUCAUAUUCAUGGAAAUUACUCAAGCCCCACAUGCUGACUAUAGUGCAAGAUGUUGUUUUCCCCUUAAUGUGCAGCAAUGAAAAAGACGAAGAACUAUGGUCUACUGAUCCCCACGAAUAUAUUAGACAAAAGUUUGAUGUAUUUGAAGAUUUUAUUUCUCCUGUGACCGCUGCACAGACUCUCUUGCACUCAAUUGCCAAGAAGAGAAAGGAUAUGCUUCAAAAAUCUAUGGAGUUCGUUAUGACAGUUUUGACUAAUCCUGGUUCCACAGCUCAACAAAAAGAUGGUGGUCUUCAUAUGGUUGGCACUGUAGCAGAUGUUUUGCUAAAACGAAAGAUAUACAAAGAACAAAUGGAGAACAUCUUAGUUGCUUAUGUUUAUCCCUGUUUCCAAAGUGAACAUGGAUUCAUGAGAGCAAGGGCAUGUUGGGUAAUGCAUUAUUUUUGCUCCAUGAAGUUUAAACAUGAAGCCAAUUUGGUGACUGCUCUCUCUUUGACGCAGAAUGCAUUGUUAAAUGACAAAGAACUCCCUGUUAAAGUUGAAGCAGCUGUAGCUCUACAAAUGCUUAUAACCAAUCAAGACAAAGCUGAAAAACAUCUUGAACCACACAUAAAACCUAUUGCUCUUGAGUUGUUGAAAAUACUUAGAGAAACAGAGAAUGAUGAUUUGACGAAUGUGAUGCAAAAAAUUGUUUGUACCUAUACCCAGCAAUUAGUUCCUAUUGCUGUUGAAAUGACUCAGCAUUUAGCAAUGACGUUUACUCAGGUGAUAAAUAGUAAUGGUGAGGAGAGCUCUGAUGAGAAGACAAUCACUGCCAUGGGCAUUCUUAACACCAUGGACACUAUUCUUUCUGUUAUGGAGGAUCAUAGAGAUAUAAUGGUGCAUUUAGAACCGAUUGUCCUCAAUGUUAUAGGGCUUAUUCUCACACAAAGUAUUAUAGAGUUUUAUGAGGAGUCCAUGUCAUUGAUAUAUAGUCUAUCUUCAAAUUCUAUAUCGCCAGAUAUGUGGAAAGUAUUUGAACUGAUGUACCAAACAUUUUUAAAAGAUGGAUUUGACUUUUUCACUGAUAUGAUGCCAGCUCUCCAUAACUUUGUGAGAGUUGAUAGUCAAGCUUUUGUUAGUAAUGAAAACCACCUAUUAGCUGUUUACAAUAUGUGCAAGGCAAUAUUGAAUGGUGAAUCAGGUGAAGAUGCAGAAUGUCAUGCGGCCAAGUUAUUAGAAGUUGUCAUAUUACAUUGCAAAGGAAUGAUUGACCCUUGCAUUCCUUCUUUUGUUGAAUUAGUUCUAGGUAGAUUAACAAGAGAAGUUAAAACAUCAGAAUUAAGAACUAUUUUGUUACAGGUGGUGAUAGCAGCAUUUUAUUAUAAUCCUAAUCUUCUUCUGGAUACCUUAGAAAAAAUGAAUGUACCCAAUGCCACGGAACAUUUUGUACAGCAGUGGAUAAAAGAUGUAGAUUGCUUUCUUGGGUUGCAUGACAGAAAAAUCUGUGUGUUAGGAUUGUGUACAUUAGUAUCUACCCCUAUUUGUAAAACCAAAAUUAGCAAUGAUUGUUUGCCAAAGAUAAUUCCAUCUGUAUUGCUAUUGUUUGAUGGUCUCAAGAGAGCUUAUGCGUACAAAGCUCAAGAGGAAGAAGAUUCUGAUGAAGAGGAGGAAGAAGAUUUUGAACCUGAUGUUUUGGCAAGUGAUGAAGAUGAAAUCAAUGAGGAUGGUGAUUAUUUAGAGUCUCUGUCUAAAACCAUAAAGAAGAAAUCUCCUUUCCCUGUCACCUCAUCUGUGAUUGCUGAUGAUGAUGAAACUUCAGAUGACGAAGAAGCUUAUGAAGAAGCAGAAGAAACAGCAUUAGAAAGUUAUGUCACACCUUUAGACGAUGAAGACUGUGCUAUAGAUGAAUAUGUUAUAUUUAAAGAAAUUAUGCAAAGUCUUAAAACAAGUGAUCCUAAUUGGUACAAUGUUCUCACAUCUCACCUGACACCUGAGCAACAGAGAGCCUGCGAAGAAAUAUUUGUCCUAGCUGAUCAAAGAAAAGCAGCUGCAGAAUCUAAACGAAUAGAAAAAAGUGGUGGUUAUGUGUUUCAAAAUCAAACUGUUCCAACUUCAUUCAAUUUCGGUGGAACCCCUCUCUCAUAGAAACUGGAAAAGAACUAUUUAAUAAAAAGAAAAGCCUCUCCUCACGUACGCUACAGAUGCUCUUUGUUAUGAAUCAAGCUAUUAUGACUUUUCUUUCUCUAUAAAUCCCUGUUGUAAAUUAUUAGGUUUUUUUUUCCUCUUAUUUAUUAUUCAUAAUUUUAGAAUGUCGGAUGGAGGGACAGCACUUCUAUGCUUGAAGAUUAAUAAUUGUGAGUGAAGUUGUGGUUAUUUUUCAUAUGCUUAUCAAUUAUAUUUCGAAUAAAUAUAUAAUUGAUUUAAGAUAAUUAAUAGACAGUCUUGUCUGUUAUUGCUAAAUUAGUCACAAAAAAUGCAUGUUUAUCCAUGAUAGUUCCUUUGUAAUAGUACAUGGAUUGCCAACUACACAAUUUUUUAUAGUUUUUACUAUG